AUGGGUGCCAUCAUUGCCCUUGCUGCGUUUGUUCUCGUCAAAAUGGAUGAAUGGCAAGAUGUUAAAGCAGAAACACCAGUCGCCCAUACCUCCCCUUGGAUGUGUCCUGUCACACCGUCACCACCUCGCCUGGCCCCAUUAAUUCCUGCGAUUUACCCUCCGCCAUACGACUUUCCUUUCGAGCACUUCCGUGGGACCGGCGAUUCAUUCGCACCGUCGCGCCAAAACUUUCACAUUGAACGCCCAAGAUACAUCCCUCCAGUUUUUUAUAAGAGCAGUAAUUUUUUGGAAACGAUCGAGGAUGUGCAAAGACCAGACGAAGGCAUUCCGGCGGUCGCGGAAGACGCUGCGCCUACUGGCACAAUCAAAGCAGUUCUUGCCGGGACGCAAGAAUCUGCUGAACCUCUACAUGAGGAGGUUGAGGAAUCUCAACUAUGUUCCGACACUUUUUCGCCCCCACUCAAGGAAAACAGGCUGUCUUCACUUCCGGAAAUGGCGAGUACCAAGGCUCCAUCAGAAAUUCCUCCACAAACUCCUCUCCAGAUCCAACGUCUCCCCGAGGCCUUGAGCCCCAAAAUGAUACGGUUAAAUGCCCUGAAUCAGGUUGCUCAAGAGGAGUAUAAGAUUCAGGAACAGAUGGUCGUAUUUCUCGACAUGAUCCCCACUGGCUCGGGAUACGAGCUCUCGGCCUCCCUGAUACUGGACCUUCUGUGCGAAGCGAAGGAGUAUCUGGAACCACUUUUUCCAAAUGGGUUGAGUGGUAUCCCCACAGGUUAUCUCGUGUGGGGAAAAUCAAUCAUCGAUUUCUGGGACACCCUCUCACCAUACGGCUGGGACUUUCUUCAUCACCCAGACAGCAGGGUGCCUGAGUUUAUCAGGAGGUAUCGCAAUCUUGCGAUCUGGUUUGGUUUGGAAGAUAUGCUUAGCGAGUUCUUGUUCGUGCCGCCUUUUGUUCCUGAACCCAUUCAUGAGCCUGUGCCUGAGCCCUUCUCUGAGCCUGUUAUGACUGUAACUGAGGCCAAGCCUCAGUUACAGGAGCAAACGAGAGUGGCUCAAGUCCCUUCAUUCGACGAACCACCACAACCACAAGAAGAGCAGCCUGCUCCACAGCCAGAUCCUACCCCGGCUACUUUCACGUACACAAUGUCACAGGUACCUGCAAAAUUCUCGUAUCAGAAACCUAGCCAUAAGGAACAGUCUCCAACACCGCCUAGCCCCGCUCCACUCAGUUUCACAUAUACCCUACCAUCAACUCCUGUAAACCCCUCCUACCGGAGGAGCAACAGGACGUCCAAACCACCACGACCAAGGUCAUCACGACCCACUCAAUCGCCUCAGAAGCAACCUGCCGAGCCAUCCAAACCCACCACACUGAACCCUAACCUCAUCGACUUCAACGACCCAAAGUGGUCCAACAAACCCACCCCCGAACUCACCGUACUAACCUGGUCCUCCUUCUCCUUCCUCAGCCCCAGCGCCGCAGCCCUAAAAAUCUGGUCCCACUCCACCAUGGGCCGUCUCGCGCUCCCCGAGCCUCGCACCAAAGACCUUACCUCAGAAUACAUAAAGUCGCACUUCGAGGCCGUAGCCCUCGACUUCAAGCGCGCCUCCGCCAUUCUCCGCCUUCAGGCGCUCAACUGCGACAAGCCGUGCGAGGACGACUUGGGCAUGUCGCCGCUGUUUGGCGAGGUCAUGUCGCUGAUGGUGCAAGCGGCGGAUUUCACGGAGCGAUGCGAUGAGUUGUGUGUUUGGGAUGCGCGGGAUAAUUGGUAUCAUGCUUGUGUUUUUUUCCGCGAUGCGUGCUCUUCACUGCUUGUUACUGCUCUUCUUGUUUUGUUACGCUGCUUGGACGAUACCCCCCUUAGUCUUGUAUUUUCAUAUAGUAAUCUGGAAUCUGCUUCAUGA